AUGACCGGGAUAUUUGUGGACACCUUGAAGGACCCAUUCUUUGAUCGAUUAGUGAGCAGUGCCGUAUCUGACUUCACACAUCUCGUCACGAUUGGGGACCGCAUAGAGAAGGGGUUGAGGGAUGGAAAGAUUCCUGGAGCAGUGACAGCAUCUAGCGCACCAAAGAAAUAUUCUGGAGGCUUACCAAAGAAAAGAGAAGGUGAAACAAACGCCAUAUCCAGGAACUAUAAAGGGAAGCAACAAGCUUCAUAUGGUCAAGUCGUCGCCGUGGUACCUAUACCCUAUCAACAGCCAAUGCAGCAACAACAAAUGUAUCAACCACAACAUCAACAACAUCAUCAUCAGCAAAAUACUGCACCACCAAGACAGUUCAAGACAAGACCUCCAAGAAGACAACUUGAUCCUCUACCAGUACCCUAUAGUCAGAUAUUCCCAUAUCUGCAGAAGGAGGGCCUUCUAACAUUGAGGGAAUUAAAACCAGCCGUUUUUCCAUAUCCACCUGGAUACGACGCUAAUGCCCAUUGUGAAUUUCACAUGGGAGCACCUGGUCAUACUUUGGAAAACUGUUUCGCAUUUCAGAAUCGAGUACAAGACCUGAUCGAAGCCAAGGCCGUUUCUUUCACUCCAAGACGCCCGAACGUGAAUACCAACCCUAUGCCGACGCAUAAGGAUGCUUCCGCCAGUGCCAUUGAGGAGAGAGCACAAUUGCUGAAGAGUGGUCUGAUCCUGGAAGAGCUGGUUGAGAAAGAGAAUAGUGAAGAGUUGAGGAGUUUUAUACAACAAAUGCUGGAUCGAGGCGAGUUACAGAUAACUUACCGUGUCAAGAGCAAGCGCCAGGAAGAGAUAGCCGUGGUAGAUAUUCCAUAUGAUGAGAUCAAAGUAGAAAUACCUAUAAGCCCGUUGGUGAUAGAGUUCCCAACACCAUUUGAAUAUAAAGAUGAGAAGGCAGUCCCAUGGAUAUAUCAGCCCAGAGCUUUUAAGCAGGGGCAGGAAGAUAAACCUUUAAUGCUUAACGAACCAAAUGUCACUUCAACUGUUGAUACUUAUGAGAGAGAUAAAGGGAAGGAGGUUGCUGUCCAGAUCCCUAUCCCUAAUCAGGGGAUGCAAGACUUGCACCUAUCUCCUAAAGCUGGUGUCACUCGUGAGGAGGCUGAGGAGUUUUUGAGAAUAAUCAAGAAAAGCGAUUACAAGGUGGUGGACCAGCUAAACCAAACACAUUCCCAAAUUUCCAUGUUAUCUCUCCUACUUAACUCAGAAGCACACCGGAAUUCGCUGUUGAAGGUGGAUGGUGAAAUCACUGAGACACCCUUCCAAUCCUUGGAAGUAGUAAACAUGAUGGCCAUUCAACAGACCUUGGAGGUCCCGAAAUCAGGGCCAUCCAUGGCCUCAUGGCAGGGAGCUAAAGCUGUUAUGGAAAGUGAAGACGCACAAGACUGGGGCAAAGUGGUGGAAUUGAAAGAGAAACGAGACAAGUUUGGCUUGGGAUAUGACCCGUCAUCACACAAAGUUGGUAACUGA